AUGAAGCAACAGUACAAGGACUCCAUAAAACUGUCUCAGAACGAGCUCAAAACACCAAAGAAUCCAACACCAGAAGAAAGGAUGAAGGAAAUAAACAAAAGAACACCCCAAGAUAUAAUAAAGUACGCACCAAAGACAGAAAAGGCAAUGCGCUUAAUGGAAAAACAGAACACGAUAAUAUUCGUCUGUGACUUAACUGCAAAUAAGACAGAAAUUAAAAAAGCCAUUGAGAUGCUAUACGCUGUGAAGCCAAAGAAGGUGAACACUGCGAUCACAUUCAAGGGGGAGAAGAGGGCAUAUGCUAUAUUCCCAAAGACCCACAGUGCUAUAGAGAUAGCUAGUGCGGCUGAUAUCAUUUAA